AACCCGAAUUAUCCAAUAUAGCACUUGUGUUUAUUUGAACAAAAAGUAAAACUUCCUUUUAUACAUAGAAAAAAACAUAGUGCACAUGUGUGUAUGGGACGACUAGUAGGGUGCACAAAUAUAAUUAUUAUACAUGUAAAUGCGUGAGCGUAUAAUAUUUAAAUAGAAGUAGAAAGGUGGUUGGUAUGUAAAUGCACCCCCGAUGGAAGAGCUUAUGGCGUGCAGGGGGCAGCACCAUGUGCCAGGGAUACUUCACAAACUAUGUCUGUCUGGCAGCUCUCUAGUUUGUAAUCGGGGAUUUCCAUGAAGAGAGGAAGUGCUCAGGCUGUGUGUGUUGCUCUGCCGCUCUGAAGGGACUUUCCAGGGGGAGGGGCCCCGGCUGGCUUCUAUCAUCAUUAUGGGGAUUGGGGGUUUUCGGAUUGCAGAAUCCCAUACAGAGUGCGGAUCAAUGGCACGCUUGAAUCACACAGUUGCGCCUCGGUACUGAACCGCUGUCCCGUAGGAAAAGCCACCCCUUCCCUCCCGCCAAUACGCCUUUCUUUCCGUGCUGCUCGUACCGCUCCAAACUGCAGGAUACAGGCCAAGCCGUGCCGGCACUACUUCAUGCACAAACCUAGCUGCUAUAACAUGGAUACUGGCAAAAAGAUCGAUCCAUCUGCAUCUGUACAAAGAGGCAACCCAGAUCGCAGCCUUGCUACAACCAUCUAUGUGCCGGAACAGGGAGGCUACAAGGAAAGGUUUUUAAAACCUGUAGAGGAGAAAUACAAAUGUGAAAAAUGCCGCUUGGUACUGUGUAACCCCAGACAGACAGAGUGUGGCCACAGAUUCUGUGAAACUUGUAUGAAUGCAGUACUAAGUUCGGCUAACUCACAAUGCAUAGCCUGUGAAGAUAUCAUCACUAAGGAUAAGGUGUUUAAGGAUAACUGCUGCAGGAGGGAAGUCCUGGCCCUUCAAAUGUUCUGCAGAAAUGAAAACAGAGGUUGCAAGGAGCUAAUCACGCUUGGAAAUCUCUUGAUACACCUAAAAAGUGACUGCCAGUUUGAAGAACUUUCUUGUCCUCGCGCUGACUGUAAAGAAAAAGUAAUUAGAAAGGAUUUAAGUGACCAUAUAGAGAAGACAUGCAAAUACAGAGAAACUCCAUGUAAAUUCUGCAGAAACCAGGUCCCAUUGGUAGAAAUGCAGAAACAUGAAGAAGUGGAUUGCCCGUCUGUUGUAAUAGCUUGCCCUCAUAUGUGUAGCGUGAAAAGCCUUUUGCGAAGUGAGUUAAAUGCACAUCUGUUGGAAUGUGUAAAUGCCCCAAGUACCUGUAGCUUCAAACGUUAUGGGUGCACUUUUAAGGGAACAAACCAACAGAUUAAAGCACAUGAGGCUAGCUCAGCUGUUCAGCAUGUGAAUUUGAUGAAGGAAUGGAGUAAUUAUCUGGAAGCAAAGGUGUCCAUGUUACAAAAUGAAAGCUCGGAAAAGAAUAAAAGCAUUCAGGUAUUACACAACCAGAUGUGUAGCUUUGAAAUUGAAAUAGAACGACACAAGGACCAGCUGCGAAAUAAUGAAUCAAGAAUUAUACAACUACAGAGAGUGAUUGAGGGGCAAGCAGAAAAGCUAAAGGACUUGGAUAAGGAAAUAAGAAAUCUGCGCGAAACCGGAGAUGAAGCUGAUGGCAUGAAGAGCAAUUACGAAUCUUUACAAAAUCGUCUGUCACAGUUAGAAGUUACAGCCAAAAAUGCAGCAUCUUGGAAUCCAGGCGUUUUAGAGACGCAGAUCAACAGACAUGACCAGAUGCUCAGCGUUCACGACAUCAGGCUGGCUGACAUGGAUCUUAGAUUCCAAGUGCUGGAAACCGCAAGUUACAAUGGGGUACUGAUCUGGAAAAUCAGAGACUACAAGAGAAGGAAGCAAGAGGCAGUGAUGGGGAAAACCCUCUCAUUGUACAGCCAGCCUUUUUACACAGGAUAUUUUGGCUACAAGAUGUGCGCAAGAGUUUAUCUAAACGGCGACGGGAUGGGAAAAGGGACGCAUUUAUCUCUAUUUUUUGUAAUAAUGAGAGGAGAAUAUGAUGCAUUGCUUCCUUGGCCUUUUAAGCAGAAAGUUAGUCUCAUGUUAAUGGACCAAGGACCAUCACGGCGCCAUUUAGGGGAUGCAUUCAAACCAGACCCAAACAGCAGUAGCUUCAAAAAACCUACAGGAGAAAUGAACAUUGCUUCUGGCUGCCCUGUGUUUGUAGCCCAAACUGUCCUGGAGAAUGGGACGUACAUUAAAGAUGAUACUAUUUUUAUUAAAGUCAUAGUAGAUACAUCAGAUCUACCAGAUCCUUGAUGCUGGGUAGACAUGCAAACUAGGUAGAAGGCAAAGCCAGCAUGGGGUUUUGUACAUCAGUUUUCAAUGAGAGGUGCCAAGGUUUGCAUAAGGACCAGUUGUGCUAUCACAGAAAACAGAAGGAACCGGGCAGAGGGUCCAAUGCACAAAUCAUCAUCUGAGUGUAGCGUAUCGUUGUAUUGGGAAUAUUGGAAAGCAUAUGGAAUAUCUUCCGACCCAAAGAGCUGUUUGUUCUUUUGUGCAAAUAUAGGUUGUGGUGUCAAAGUUCUAUUGGGGGCUGGGCAGGAAGAGAGCUAAUUUUAGUCACAUGAUUGCCUAAAACACAAUAGCCAAUAUAAACCAAAAUUAACACAACAAUGGCAAAAUGGAUUUGGAAUAUUAUUCUGGUAGUAGAAAUAUGCAUUUAAAUAUAUGACAUAGAGAACCCAAUCCACUAUCAGUAGAAACUGGGCAAUCUUACCAGAAAGAGUUUUUCUUUUCUUUUGGUCGGAGAGGCCAGCAAAUGCUUUUCUUCUGGCAGCAAAAAGGAUGGGGGGGGUCAGUGAAGUUUCAUAUUGGUCGCUUGAACACACCCACACACCUUAUGUAGUUUUCAUAUUGUAGCUAGUUAGUUUGGGGGGUCAAACCACAUAUGUGCAGACCACCAUGUCAUAAUUCACAAUGUUACAAGUGACCAUCGUCAAUACUUUUUUUUUUUUUUUUGCUGGUGAAUAAGCUGAAAUUUCUUAACAGAAAGGUAGCAGACUAUUGUUAUUACUUGUGAAAAGAAACAAAAGCUAUUCAGUACCCUAUUAUUUCUCUUUUGAAAUGUAAUCCAACUACAUGUCGUAGGUUAUGACACAAUUUACACUGUUAUUAAGUAUAGGAGGGAAAAAAAGCUCUUUUUCGAUGCUGUGCAUCAUUUUCAGGCUUCAAAUUUUCACCCUAAACUAGGGCAUGUGUUGAACUUUGGAGUUCUAAAUAAAAUACUUUAAAGUUUUCUAUGUUCUGCCCUAUGCAUCCAGAUGAAUUGCCUGUGAGACGAGCAAGCAGAUACGGGAAAACCUAUGGGGGUGGUGGGGAGCAGGAAAUAUUGUUUCCAUGGUGUCUUUAUUCAAGCCAUACUUGUAGCAUUUAUGUCUUUGUGAACACUUUUGUAACAGAAAAUAGCAUCUUUUUUUAAUUUAUCAUGAAUUUAAAAUAUAAAUUAUGUCUAUUUUAAGAUUGUUAAUGUCCCACUCUGGCCUGUAGCUAGGAAGACAAAGAAAAAGUAUUAUACUGACUUCUUUAGAAUUAGAGAAGACCCUGUCGGGCCAGUGGAUUAGGAGUUGUAAAAUGUUGGGACAUUGGAAUAUUUCAUUCAUUUUAGUUGAGCAGUAAUUUAUAUUAAAUAUGUGGCAUGAUGCAACAUAUCACUUAUGAGUUCAGUUUUUUUUUUUUACCUUUGCAUUCAGUUUUCCCACUUCUUUGCAUAAGGAUAUAAUGAAAUGAAAUGAAUGAAAAAACAGCUUGGCUUGGCUUUCAAUCUCAGCUUUUUAUGGACCUAUACAUGAAUAACAGUGAAGAGCGCGAACACAUCAACCAAUAGAAAACCUCCUUUUGUCUUACUUGAAGGUUUAUUUUAUUGGAUUAUUAAAACCAUAUUUAGCAAACAGCAGUGAAAGAUGUAUAUAUAUUUUACUAAUCCAGUUGUAGAGAAUUCCAUAUUUUCACAACGGAGCUAAUCUAUGAUGUCUAAACUUUGAGAUGUCAAAUAAAUGGCCCUCUAGCUGUUGUGAACUACAGCUCCCACAAUCUUCUGAAGCACAGAUUACCAUCUCAUAUGUAAAGUCUGUCCCCAAGUCCUUUCUUGCCAGCUGUUGACUUGUUAAGUUUGCUGGGAGCUGUAUUUCAUAUGAAAGCUAUCACAAGUCAAGGAUGUUUUUUCUAAAUGCUUAUAAAUAAGCAGCGUAGGAUAAAUGCCUCUUUAAGAGAUUGUUUUUCUUGCUGUUUCAUUAAUCUCAACACAGCAGAUGCGCUACCUCGAUUAAAAGACUAGAUUUGGAGUGUGAAGGGACUGCCCACGGCAUCAUUUAAAUGUUCUGCAUUUCAGUAAUUUACCUCUUCUGCUCCAGUGAACAGUUACAGACAAGGCAAGAGUGCUGCCCAAACUCCAUUUAAAAUACAGUGUGUUGCUAAGAUCUAGGCUCCCAAAGGAUAAUCCCCUUUACUUGUUGAUUGUCCAUAUACCAAGCCAAUCAAACUGUAACAAAAGCUGUAAAGCUGCAAGGGAUAAGUUCAGGGAAGUCCAGAAACAUAAAUAAAAGAUAAAUUACCAAUUCUUAUGUCCAAUGCUGGCAUUCACAUUUUAUUAUCUUGCUUAUAUGCCUCUUAUGUGCCAUUGCAGAGAAUCCAUCUCUUGGUAUCUCUCUGAAAGUGCAUAUAUUGUUUUGGCACGUCUCAUAUUAACCCCUCCUUUUUUUAUUGUCCUCUGCAACAUGGGGGUACUGUGGUGCCAGGUUAAUCAUUCAAUGAUCUCUCAACCCAUAUCUCCUAAGCCUGAGUUCAACUAUUUUUAAUUCUUGGGUAACCAGAUAUUUAGCCUGGAAUUCAGGAACCAAUAUACAUUUUUUUUAAAUUUUAUCACUGUAACUCAAACCACAAAUGUAUGAGUUGCCUUACGUACUCUGUUGCAGAUGGAGGCUUGAAAUCAUCUUGUAGCCACUGUGGCCUCAAGGGUGACUUUCAUAUGCAAAGCAAUUAAGAAGCAGAAAUUCUUCCAAAAGCCAUCUAAAUGAAGACGUUUCUUAAUUGCUUAUAAUAUGACCAGCUUUAGAAGAUGUAUUUUUUUUAUUUUGUUACUUCAGAUAAAUUAGGAUAGUAUAGUAGCUCAGUUGCUACAAUUAAACAGGUGUUAAAGGCCAAGCUAGCUAUCCUUUUAAAGCUGAAUAGAAAUCCUUCAAAGCCUAUUCAAAAAUAAAACUCCAAGCAGAAUAUCAUGAUCAUAUUUAGGUUUUAAAAUGAGUUAUAAUGGGCAAGUCAUCCAUGUUAAAUGGAAAUGAAUACUUAUCUGCACUACAUGGCUUUGAUGUCUACUAAAACUGGUGCUUUGUAGGUAAAGCCUGCCUGCACUUUGGGCAAGGCUUAUCAUUUCUCAUUUUCUGAACACACAUAUUAAUAGCUAUCUGCUUAGAGUGCUUGGAAACUGAGACAAGCACUAAAUGCUUGUGGAGUCUACAAAAUGUAUGUUUGUCAAAGAUGUUCCCCUUUGGUUGACUACAAAUAUUUUGUCUGAAAUGAAUGUACAGUAUAAUCUCCAGAAGGAGCAUUGCAUACCAGGGCAUUAAGUUUGUGUUAUAGAACAUUGUGUCUUCCUUGUUCACCAUAUGGCUAAACUGUGACUAUCAAAAUUGUUUAGGAGCCUAUGGUGCAACAAAUAAUGGUGCUCUCCGAUAGAAUGUGCCGAGACAUAAUAUUGUGAUUAUCGCUUUUGCAUUGUAAACAUUUAUCUAACUGUGCAUCUGUUCAAAGUCCUUAUAUAUUAGUAGGACUUAAUAAUUUUAAGUGAUGCACCAGGGUACUAUUAGUUGGGCUUAAAUUAACCAGAGUGGUUCUGGGUUGCAGUCUAUAAAACAAAAACAAGUAAAAUAUGGUGCUUUAAAUAGCCUUGCCAAUUUUAGCCUGUUGCUCAUAUCUUCUAAUUCCUCAAUAUAUCAAGUCUUUUUUAGAUGAAUGUAUAAAGGGCAUGCAAUUUACAAAUGCCAGUACACCUAUGGAAUACCAUUGUACAUGUGAGUAGUGCCCUUUAAUGUUUUUGUGAGUAAUUUAUUAUAGAAGGUGCUUAGUAUGCUGAGAAUCUUGCCCAAGAGCCAAAGAUCUGGGUUCCGCGGAACUGCAGGGCCCUUUUCCUUCCUCCUUUGGCCUUUUGUGAUCUGUAUUAAACACGGGCUAUAAUGUCCACAGAACAUCCAUGAUUCUGGCAAAAUACAGGCCAAAUUAUGCUGAUUAUAACAAUGGUGAUGAGUUCACAUUUCAGGUUACUGGUGCUUACAAAAGGUAAAAGUCUAUUAAUAAUGUAUUACAUACAAAUCUGCAAAAAGCAUUAAACCAAAAAGACUGUGUGGUUCUGACCAUUAGGCAUAGUUAUCUUAGUUAUCUAAUCACAUAUGAAUCAUACAAUAAUGGGAAUACUAUAUUUGUUUUCCUCCCUCAAACAGUUAACAGAUUUUUUCCUCCUCAGAACAAAUUUUGCAUGAAUACAUGCCAAAAGUACCUAAGACUAAAUGUUUAACUGAAAGUCAGAACCUCACUUAGUAACCUUCAUGGUUGAAUUGUUCAUAAAUGGAGGGGAAAAAGUAAAAGAAAAGGUAAUUCACCGGGGAAUACAAAGUUGGUAAGCUCUGGAGAACGGUCACAUAUCGCCUACAAUCUGUCAUAGCCAGAAUAGAUCAGUAUGGCUUAGCAAUGAAAGCGAAUGCUCCCCUGAUUGACAAAAUCUAUUUUAAAGGGUUUUUUGAUGGGUUUUUUUUUUUUUAAGAAAAGACUUACAAUCUCCCUUCCCAGUGUAAGUAGAAUAAGUCUAAGCAACCUCACAAUUGGCCUUUUUUUUAAAUUAAUUUUUGGAAAUACCUCUCUCUCCAUCCUGACAUGUAAAAUGCCAGGGACCCUGGAAACUGAGCAGAUUAACUGAGAGGCUUCUUUUUUUAUCUGUUAUUUGACUACCUUUCUUUAUACAUCCUCUCUAUUUAUUCCGUCAUUGAUACAAGACCGAGACAACAAUUCCUUAGAAUGAUCAGUGGAUGCUGCUAUACAAUGGCAUUCAACUUUUUCCAUUUUAUUUAAAAGGCUAGGCAACCAUCCCUAAUAACUCCGCUGAAGAUUGCAAUACUCACAAAUGUAAGCAAUGAUUCCCUUACAGUAUUGUCAGAUGCACCUUAAAGGCUUAGGGCUAAUUAGGGCUAAUUAGACUUCUGGUUUUACACUGGUCCUGCAUAACCUUGCAAUUAGCACUUCUAGUUUUUAUUUUUGCUUUGUGGUUCCAUUUCUUCACCAGAAAUGCAUUCGUACUGCAAAUGAGAGGGUGUGGCAAAGCUUUACAGCAGGGCACUAGGCAGGUACAUGCAGGUGGAUCUUUAUUUUGUUUUUUACUAUAAGUUUUCUCCCAACAUGUAAAAAGCUUUGGAUUUGGUGUGCCAUUUCCAGAGAUUAAGCCCUGCAGAAACAGGUAAAAAGUACAAUUUAUAGUAUCUGUUUUACAAAUAAAAAGGCCAGUUGAGACAAUCAUUCACAACAAAGCCUUUGGUUAUGCAAGUUAAGUCGGGUGUUUAUGGGAAGUUUUUGGCUUAAUGAGAGCCAUUAAGCCAUCAUUCCCCUCCCAAUGUCAUGGGGAGGGGUAUGACCCAUAUAAUUAAAGAAUGAUAACAACUGGGUCUUUUUGUAGGUCUCCAACAAUAUAAAAUAAGAGGUUAGUCUCUGUAAUAUAUACAGAUUAUGUAGUUCAGUGUACCGGUGGUAGGGGAGCUAUUGAGAUGUUUAUAGCUAAUAUCUCUAGUACAAGAACUGUUGGUUUCCCCUGGGGAAUUUCUUCAUCGUUGGGUCAGGGCACACAGGCAGAUUCGGGAAGAUUAGAUGCCCUGUGACAAAUCUCUUCUUCAGGGCGACUAAUCUCCCCGAACUGCCUUCUAAAAUGUAAAUCUCUGGCGGGAUGGCACUCUGAGCAAUUCGUUUUCCCGAAGGUUCCUGGUCAGGCAGGGGAGGCACUUUGGAGAGAUUAGUCGCCCUGAAGAAGAGAUUUGUCGCUGGGCAACUAAUCUCCCCCAAUCUGCCUGUGUGCCGUGACCAUAAGAGAUGCUGUUCUUAAAUAUUUCCUUUAGCUAGCACAGUAUAUCAUCUUCUGCAGGGUGUCUGAGGAAUGUGCCCCUCUGGUGAGGAGAGGAUUCUCAAACUAAGCAACUGAACCCGAGCACAAAUGUUAACAGGGCCCUCACUAAAUUCCAUAUAUAAAGUGUUGUCAUUUGUGUUUUCCUGCUUUAAGAUUUGUUAAUAGCAGUGUUGCUGGGGACCUUCCAGUGUAACACUAGUAUAUGGUAUUCAUAUGUCUUGGAAACACUGAUUUACUUGAAAAUGACUUUUAUUUCCGUUUGCCAAUACGAACAAUUAGCAUCCUUCCAUGGUUUGAGGUAAUAAAACACUGGUUUCUGUUUACUGUAAAUGAUUGUCCAGAGGUUUUCCCUUAUGUCUGGCAUGAAGGCGCAUUUUGAAAAGAGUCACAGCACUGCUAGCACUUUUGCACACUCUGACAGUGUUUAUUCAGAACUAGUGAGCAGGUUGUUUCUAGAGGAACAGCAGCAGCCAAACCAAUCAGUGUUCCCUCCAUUCCAGCAGCUCAACCUUUUUUUAGUACCUUCCUGUACUAAACAAGGUUUUGUAACCUUCGCAACAAUUUGUGUAAAAGAGUUUUUGUACAUUCACGGAAUGGAAGAAAAGUGUUUUCCAGCACCUAGGGAAUCAUUUUCUUUUUCAUUCUGAAAGGCAAAAUAUACCUUGAGACGGAGUAUAACUUUGCAUCAAAAUGAUAUCAAUUUAUCCUCCUGUCUGAAUGCGCAGAUGCUCUAGAGAUACACAUUACUUAAUAUGCACCUGUAUUUAUGGAUUAAAAACCCUAUGGUUGGCAACAAUGAAUAUUAUAUAACCAGGGCUUAUAUUCUAUUUAUUCAAAUCCCCUUCUCUGCAUAUCUCUUCUAAUGUAAGUGGUAGCAGUCAAUUUUUCUUCAUAGAUGGCAAUAUCAACAGCAAUAUAGGGGAGUAUUACAAGUACUUCAUGUAAUUGAAUCUGCUGAUUGCCUUUUGUAUACGGUAUGUAUGCCUGUGUGUGUGUCUAUAUAUAUAUAUAUAUAU